GAGCCGAGGCCGGCUGGCUGGCUGUUGAGCUGUUGGUGGUGUUGGUGUUGCCUGCCGCUGCCGGCCUCUCCUCGGCUGCCUACCUGCUGCCUCUGCCAGCUGAGGCGAGCGAGAGAGACGGGGCGGCCUAUCUUGCUUGAGAUCGAGCAGCUGCAGCUGCUGCUGCUACCUGCUCAUCCCCCAAUUUGAUUUGAUUGCUGCUUGGUCUUGCUUCCUCAAUUGUCAGUCAAUUCCCGCGCCAGAUCUGCCAGCCUGCCUUGGUCUCCCGCGGCCUGCGCCAUGCGGGUGCUGCCGGCGUCCUGGUCCUCGGCCUCCUCAUCCGCCAAGCCCAGCAGCAGCAGCAGCAGCGGCACCACCACCACCACCAAGGAACCUCCUCCUCCCCCCACGGCGGCCGCGGUGUACCUCAACAUCUACGACAUCUCCCCUCUCAACCACUACCUCUACUGGUUCGGGCUCGGCAUCUUCCACUCGGGGAUCGAAGCGCAUGGCAUGGAGUAUGGCUUUGGAGCUCAUGAAUACCCAACCAGCGGAGUCUUCCAAGUAGAACCCAAAAGCUGCCCCGGCUUUAUCUUCAGACGCUCAGUCUGUGUCGGUACAACUGAUAUGUCCCCUUCGCAAGUCCGCACCUGCAUAGAGGAUCUCGCUGAGGAUUACCAUGGAGACACUUAUCAUCUGAUUGUCAAGAACUGCAAUCAUUUUACUGCUGAUGUCUGCCAGCGUUUGACCGGCAAGCCAGUGCCUGGGUGGGUCAAUCGACUCGCCAGAUUAGGCUCAUUCUUCAACUGCGUACUGCCAGAGAGCAUCAAGGUUUCAGCAGUCAGAGAUGUAAACGCACAUCCUGAUUUUUCUGAUGAUGGCUUGGGGUCCAACGCGUCGAUUGUUGAGGGAAGUGAUGAAGAUGACUUGGACCAACUUCUAAGAACACCAAACAGCGACGUUGUAUCUUCAAGAGACAAGACAUUAACUCCUGGCAGGGAUAGCUUCUAAUUGAUUACUGCCUCUAUUCUCCAUCGAUAGCAAGCAUUGCAUUUUGGGUUGUCUGCUGAGGAUCAGAGGCAGGUUCUUUGGUAGCGCUGAUGAUCUGGUGAUGGUAUGGCAGGGGGCCAGUCCGGCCUGAUGAUCACCUACUGUCAAAACUUCAGACCUCCAAGGUGGCUCGCUAGUCAUCGGUGGUGAUGAAUGAUUGAUUGAUGUUGCUGUUAUCAGUUCGUGUAGUAGGGUAUAAUUUGAUGAUAUUGUAUUUGUGGUAUCAUGUGGCAAAGGCCAAGUUAACCAUCAUAUCAUGGCUAUAUGCACGUGUGGGGAAUAUGCUGUAGUAACUUAGUGAGAAUGGUGUGACAUACUGUCCCAGUAGUGAGGUCAUCUCAUCUGACCUGUUUUCUUUUUCUUUUUCUUUUUCUUUUUGACUUUGUGCGGUGAAUCGGUGAUGGUGUGUAUGAGUGAUUUCUUCUGUACAAAAAUUAAUUGAUGGAGAUUGAAAUGGUUUUCCAGA